AUGCAGGGCAUUGAUCACAGCAGAGCACGGGCGAGGAAAGAGAAGCUAGGCAUCCCAGAUUUAGCAACAGGAGCAAACUAUACCCAACCCCAGACUGGAGGGCCCCGAGGACAGAGAGGAGCUGCUAUAGCCCGGGAGCCUUGGGGAACCAGGGGAGCCCCGGAACCGUGGCAGCCCUCGGGGUUCGGAGGUGGAGCACGGAAGAGGCGGAGCUGCUGCCUGGCACGGCGCAGGAGGCAAACUGCAAGUUGGGAGAAAUGCAUGCCCGGCUCCUUCUUUGACCUCAUCUCACGUCUUCUGCCAGUGCUCCUCCCAAACCUCCACGGGGGAGGGGGGGAAGCCAGCUGUAAGGCAACUGAUGCAGCUUUGGGGAGGGGAAGCCUCAGGGGUCAGGAUUUCCUCUCCCUAUGGAGCCAGAGUAGGGCAACGAAUGGACCCAAGGGCAAAGCCUGGCUUCAGAGAGUUAGAUUACAGAACCGGCACAGGUUACAGUCACAGGAUAUCUUGCUGAAAACGGAGGCCUGCAUUCCAAAGACAGGAUUCUUACAAGGUUUGAGUGUUUUUCAAGCGUAUCACAUGAAGGAACUCAUUUAAUCAUCAGAAUAAUAUAGUGACCAACCUGAAGGGACUGGACUAAGAUGUAGCAUCUGUCAAUUUCCGUGGUAUAAAUAGUCCCCACUGGAGUCCACUUCAAGCCACAAAACGAAAGCCAUGAAUGCUUUGUUGAGAAGAGAUGCAUGCGUAUGGAUCUUGUGAGCUUGUGGGGCCAGCACAUCACUCUUGCAUUCAAGAUGAUACGUAUGCUGUGGAUGCGAUGACCCACUCUUGAAAUAUUCCAAAAACCCAAAUUAGUUUUGUUUUCAGCUGCAUAUGAAACUCAGUGUGAAUUAAACUAUCUUAGAUAUGUUCAUGCUCAAUCACUGUUUAUGAAGAAU